AUGCGAGAAGCCUCCCCGCAUCACUCACAGGAGUCGUCCAAGAAACACCCCGGGUGCGCGAAGUGCGCCGAGAAAGAGAAGCUUAUCAACCAGGACACCCGCAGACAAAUCGACAAGUUGAAAGCAAAGACGAAUACUGACAAAUUCGCCGAGGAUUCCGAGGGUGGCGACAAUGGAAAGGACUUGAAAGUCUGCGAGACCAUCUCGAGUGAUAUCUUGAUCCAUACCAUCGUGCUGGCCAGGAAGUAUUUCUCGGACGAUGUGAAAGUCAAUGGAGCUACCUAUAUGCGUCAACUGAUGGCCAACGCUGAACCCGAGCUGAUCAGGUAUGUGGGUUGUCUAGCCAUGGGUGAGUUCUGAGAACUGCUCUUCAGCUAGUCAUCGUAGACUGACGAUUCGAUCUUUGCGCUAGGUGGACCGAAUGGGAACAAAGACUGGGAAGAGCUGCUCACCCAUGGAGACACUCGUCAAGCGCUGGUGGUUGGCAUCAUCGGGCGCGCACUGAAAGAGCAUGUCUUUGGCGACCUUUGGUUCGGAGGCAGUCCUGAACAGAAGGAAGAGAUUGCCGCUCGCGAGGAGAGCGAGCGCUUCAGAGAUCAGCUAGAUGGUGAGUACCCUCUGCCCGGCUUAUAAGAAUGAGACGCUGAACAACACCAUAGGCUUUGCGCGGACCAGAGAGAGGGCGAACUUGGCACAGAAGUUUGCCAAGGCCGAUAAGUACGAGAACGUAAUUCCUGGCGCCGAGAUCAUGGCCGAGAAGUUCGAUGUGUUGCUGCGUCCGUUCGUCCACUCCAAGGACGCGAGCGAUCUGUACGAUGAUCUAUGCGCCGUAAUCAUCCAGGCCGGAUUCCUCAGCCGCUUGAUGCGUCAAGCGCCAGACGUGGUGUUCUACUGGCCUCCCACGUUCAAAGACGAAGAAUUCGAGCCAAGCCGGAUGGAGUGUCUGAACCUCAACGAUAUGAUCACCAACAGUCCGUACAAGAAGAAGACGGUCGGCGGCAUCGAGCGGGCCGCUUUGAUCGAUGACGACCCGGAGACCGUGGCCAAGAGCGAAGCGAUUGUCCGCAUCGUGUGCUUCCCAGGUCUCGUAGCUUACCGUCGGGAGGGAGGCAAGCUCGCGGAGGAGGAAAUCGCCAGAGAGAAGAAUCGUCCCGAUUAUGCGCCAGCAGACGUGAUGGCAGUGCGGAGGGCAGGCACCGAUGCCUUGACGAGCGAGACCGGCUUCCGGUCCAAGGUCAUCUGCAAGAGUGUUGUCUUCCUCCAGUGGGGCCGGCAGAGGCUCCUGACCAAGGAAGCCGGCACGUCUGCACACAUCGAUGCCAUGAAGAACGCGCAGAUGGACAAGUACACUCAGGACUCCCAGGGAUUCAAGGAGCUGUGGGACAUCUAUUGCACGGAAACGAACCGCGUAGUACGACAGUAA